UAUUAGCCCAUCUUCUUAUACCAUUCUUUUAAAAUCAAUUAGAAGGGAAGCACAAAAGUUGAAUGAUGGAGUUUAGAGAGAAGAGAGAAUCCGAUGAGAGAUCCGGGGAAGAGUAAAGAUAAAAUUAAUGGAGGAUGAGAUUGGGAAUUUCUUAAAAGUUUGGAUAUCAAUAUGGAUCUGUUUGAGUUAUUGCUAUGGCGUCGGUAGAAGAAUUCCCCACGGAAUUACAAGAUUUCUUUUCAUAUUUCCUGUCAUUUCCCUCUUCCUCUACCUUCCUCUUCUUCUUCACUCCCUCCAUCUUGGUGGCCUUACUGCCUUUUUCAUUGCUUGGCUUGCCAACUUCAAGCUCCUCCUCUUCUCCGCCGGUCUUGGCCCCCUCGCCGCCCCCGGAAUCUCCAUCGGUACUUUCUGUGCAAUAGCUUCCUUCCCAGUCAAAUUAAAACAAACCCCACUUCAAAAAACCUCUGAAUUUGCCAUUCAUGGAGGAUUACCUUCAAAAUCCGAUCACAAUCGCCACCGCCAGUCCCCAUUAAGCUACGCCGUCAAGAUCUUCCUAGUGGCGGUGAUGGUGAAAGCCUAUAAUUACACCCACAUCCUCCCUCAAAAACUCCACUGGCUCUUCCUCUGUUUCCACAUCUACUUCCUCCUCGAGCUCAGCCUUGCCGCUGCCGCUUCCAUCGUCGCCUGCGGCGGCACUCUCGAACUUCUCCCUCUCUUCCACCAACCUUACUUCUCCACCUCACUUCAAGACUUCUGGGGUCGGCGAUGGAACCUCGUCGUCACUGGAAUCCUCCGCCCCGCCGUCUUCCGCCCUGCAGCCUCUGCUGCCUCAAAACUUUUGGGUAAAAAGUGUGGCCCCCUCGCCGGAGUUACGGCGACGUUCCUUGUAUCGGCCGUGAUGCACGAGCUGAUGUUCUUCUACAUGUCUCGUCAAUGGCCGCCGCCGACAUGGGAAGUGUCGGCGUUCUUCGUUUUCCACGGGGGAUGUCUGGUGGCGGAAAUGGCGGUGAAGAGAGUAUGGAUUCAGAGGUGGAGGAUGCGUCCGCUGCCGUGGAUAGUGUCGGUCCCGGUGACGGUGGGAUUUUUUUUCUGGAGUUGCUUUUGGCUGUUCUUUCCGCCGUUUAUUAACAGUUGUAAGGCUGACGUAAGGGUGGUUGAAGAGUACGCGCUGUUUGGUGCAUUUCUUAAAAAUAAUAUUCCAAUUAAUUUAUGGCCAAAUUUGAACAAUAAUAUCAUUCCUUUUAAUUAUGUUAAAAAAUAAAAUACAAUUUUAGUCC